GGCAGAAUUUUUCAAUGACGGUUACGAUAAUUGGAGGUCAUCAAUGCCGUAGAACCCAAGUACUACCAGAGCUAAAUCAGCUCCCAACUUUUCCGGUUACUUCAAUUCUUGUGGCCAAUUGAUAAAUUAUGAAGUUCGAAACCAUAUAACCUCAAUUGAAAUCAACAACCCAUUCACAACCCUCUCAAUCGCUUUCCUCUUACCCCGCAGCCAUAUCAAUUAUCAUCACCUCAAAAUGUCUACUCCAAUGAGAGGCAUGCUCCGCACCCUACGUCCGGCAUCUGCUUUCCGCACAUUUGCCCCCUCAACCCGACGAUCGUUCAUAACUCUCCCCGGCAGCGAACCGCAAAUUCUAACCGAAAAGCGAAUCCUGCCCUACAAAUCUUCAUCCCUCUACAGUCUAAUCGCCGACGUGGACAGCUACUCGACCUUCGUCCCCUACUGCACCUCUUCCGUUGUAACUAAAUGGUCCGCACCCGAUUCCACUGGGAAAAAAUGGCCCGCUGAAGCAAAUCUCACCGUUGGCUGGGCCGGCGUUGAAGAAACCUUCACUUCCAAGCUUCUCUGCGUUCCUGGCACUAUCGUCGAAGCACUCGGUGGGGAUGCCGCAACUUCCAUUCCUGAAUCCAACGUUCCUCAUCAUUCGGAAACAUACCAUAAGUCCGCUUCUGCCAACAGUAUAUUUCAAAGUCUCAAUACGCGCUGGUCAUUGAAGCCUUUCCAUUACAAACCACCGAGCGGACAGCCACAAACUGAUAAGACGGAACACGAUGCGAGAGAACAAACGGAGGUGAACUUGGUAAUCGAAUUUCAGUUUGCGAAUCCUUUAUACACGGCGUUGAGUAAAGCGGUUGCACCUCAGGUAGCACCAAAGAUGAUUGAGGCGUUUGAGUUGAGAGCUAGAAAGUUGUUGGAUGGGCCUGGGGCGGGUAAGGUUGAUAACAAGACAUCAUUAGGCCAUGCAUUUGAUACAGCUAAGAAACUCGGUGCUUAAAAUGGGGGAUUAGAUUCAUUUGAUGAAAAUUAUAGAGUCAUCGUGUUCUGAAUAUACUGUACUAUAUAAUGACAAUUCUCAAGGCGAUAAACUCGUUGUAUUAUUAGUUGCGCUGCUGCAGGGCAAUAUUAUUGAAAAAUGGUUCCGUCUCACCAUAUUAAAUGAGACCAAUUCAAUGCUUCAAUGCUUCAUACGAAUACUGGUGUA